CACACAGUCGAACACGGUGCGCGCAACGCACACCAACCAAACCCGACCUCGACUUCAAAAAAGGUAAAUGCACGGCCACAAUUGUCUGCGCGUUCGGUCUCUCAACCAGAAAAGCCGCGUCCGUCCUGUACCGUCCGGUGGUUGUUCGACGAACCCCUCGGAUGUUGUGAUCCAGGUGGUCAGCGAUGUAGUUUUUGUGGCGUACGUCCCUUCAGCACCGAAACAGUGAAACGCUGAAACACACUUAACUAUGGCAAUAUGGUUCAUUUUAAUAACCAUAACGUUAAACGUACAGGCAGCUUCGGUCGUGGAGGUGGACAAAGAGUGCACGAAACACGCGAGCCAGUUGGGCGGUCAGCAGAUCACGUGCGCGAACGUGACGUCCAAGUUCUUCGAAAAUUUCACCGUCCCUUUGAACAGGUCGCACUGGUUGACCUGCACCAACUGCACCAUGAGGACUUUGGAUGAGCGCACGUUCAACUUCACGCGCAACAACAUCAGUCUGCUGUUCCUGGCCGACGCCAAGAUUAAGACGUUGAAGAGGCACGUCUUCGUCCGCAUGCCCGGACUGAAAGUGCUGAUACUGAAGGAGAACUGCAUCGACAGCAUCGAUCAGAAGGCUUUCAGUGGCAUUAAAAAGCUGACGCAGCUGGAUUUAAGCGGGAACAACCUAAGGAUUCUGGUCAACAACUUGUUUACGGACUUGGAGAACUUGGACAUAUUGAGUUUGAACCGCAACAACAUUUUUUACAUGCAGCCGGACGCGUUUGUCGGGUUGAAGAACUUGAAGUACUUGUACUUGAGCAACAACGGGCUUAACAAGUUGGAGGAAAAGACUUUUAAGUACUUGCCGAACUUGAGGAUCUUGUAUUUGGAGAACAAUUGCAUUUACGAGAUUCACUAUUUGGCGUUUUAUAAUUUAAGUCGUUUGAAUUAUUUAUAUUUAAACAACAACAGUAUAAACUAUUUAGUACAAUUUAAUUUUAAGCCGUUAUCUAGUCUGAUUAAUCUUCAAUUGAGGUACAACAACCUGACAGAGAUACAAACAAGUUCCUUUAAUGGUUUGAAAAAUAUUAAAUUCUUGUAUUUGGGUGAUAAUCAUUUAACCAGCAUCAAACCUUACGGUUUUAUUGGACUGGAGUCGUUGGAGUAUUUGGAGAUGAACAACAACGAUUUCGAGACGAUGAAUUAUUCAGAACUCUGUGAUAUGAAAAAUUUAAAAGUGCUUUGGAUGGAAAACAAUAGUAUCAGUAAUUUUCAGAUUGAUUACAAGUCGGAAGUACAAAAUUCGUUGGUCGUUUUGGGUUUAGGUUUUAACAAUUUCUCGUUCCUAAAUUAUAAAUUGUUGUACAACAAAAUGCCAAAUGUUAAAGAUAUUUACGUGAACGAUAACGCGUGGAAGUGUGAAGCUUUUGUAAAUAUGUACAAUUUUUUUGAUAGCAACAACGUGAGUUUGUGCAGUUAUUCUACGUGUGAUUCGAACAGUACCAAAAGUUAUAUCGAUUCACUUUGUCAUACAGUCGAUUCGGACGAUUUGGAUGACGAUGAUUUUCCUACAGACUUUUCUACUGAUAGUUCGAAUAAGAUAGAAACCAGUAUUAUAGUUUAUAGUGCGAUUUUGAUUUUUUUUGUUGAGAUUAUUUGAUUAUUAAUUUAUUUAUAAAAUUUUAUCUACCUCGAUUAAGUUAUGAUUUUCUUGUUAUGGCUUUAUUUAGAAUAAAAAUUAUGUUCAAAUUUAA